GUGCCGUCAGACUCAGACUGAGAUUUGCACUCAGCUAAAGAGAGCAGACUGGACCUCAUAGUGCGCAUCAUGCCCUCCCUCCCACUCCCAUGCCGUACGGCACAGUCUCGCUCCAACACCGCCAACACCUGUGCCUCCUCCAUCUCCCACCCUUCACCUAGGACGAGCGAGUCUAUUCCCCUCUGCCACUCUCCCGAGUCGCUCAACUCCGAAGACUUUAGGGCCAUCCGACCAGCCAAGAGACAGGACUCGCUCUCCUCCCAAAUUAUCGAAGAAGAAGAGGAACAUGAGGACAUGACUCGCCCUCUGCCUGCUGUAACCCAGGUUUUGCGCGCACUUGCAAGGCGUGCCCAAACAUCGUCCGGUAUUCUACAGCCCCACCGUCCAGUUCCCGAAACACAGCCUGCACGUACACUCCUUCCAACUUGCGAAAGAGCGCCCAUUCCUGCUGUCCUUCUUGCGCUAGAGCAGCUUGCCGACCCCUCCCUCCAUUCGAUCAGAUCCGAGGAGUUCGCGCAAACAGGCGCUAUUUCCGGGACCUGGCCAACAUCGAGGCAAGAAGCGUCCACAACUGUUUCUCUGGCCGUGCAGCUGCCUGGACCUUCCUUCCCUCUCCCUCCACAGCAGCUACCCGAGCCCUGUCUCCCCCGCACGCCUCGCACGCCUCGCCCCACCCCACGAGAGGUCAUCUAUACGAGCCCUCCGCAAGUGCUAGAGAACGCUCUACCACCGUUGACCCUGGACGGACACUCACCCAGCCCCUUUCUAGGAUUCCAAGAUGCGUUCCCAGGAGGUUUCGUCAUGCAACAACGGCCGCUCCUCCUUACCCCCACCCCAUCCAACCUCGACUUCAACUACAAUCCCAUCUUCAACUCCAACCCCAACCCCCACUCCAACUUGAACACGCCCGCAGUCAGAUAUACUGCAGCCGCAGGUGGAUCGAGCAUCUGCCUCUGCCCCCCGAAUUCACACAGGAAUGGAUGCUGUCCAGCGCUCAUGCUAGCUCUGGGCAUAGGAGGACUGGGGUUCGCGUAUGAGAGUGACCCCAGCAUGGAGGGACCUUGGCCGGGCGGGCUGGUCUUCCCCGAGCCGGCUAGGCAAUUGCGCCAGUUCUGAUGACUCUGGUUCUGGCGUUG